AUGGAAACCGUACUGAGCUCUCGACAAACCCAGUAUUAUGAUGUCGUGGAGCCCUAUCUCAAUCACGGAAACAAACCAGGAGACAGGGAGUACUUGGCAAACAUCCUACAGAACUGGAGUCCUGAGGUCGACCCGGAUCACGUCAUAGGAUGGGCCUUGCAUUAUGCUAUCUCGGAAAGAGAUGAUGUGGCAGUCCGGAUGAUGAUCGACUCAGGCGUCAGCGUAACGGUGAGGCAGACUCAAGACCCUGGAUUCACACCACUCUUUGCGGCGGCACAGUGCGGCACGCUUGCGAUGGCCCGCUUCUUUUGGGAGCAAGUUGGUCCCCCGGGGCGAUUUCUUCCGACUAGAAAGUUCACACCCGGUCAGCUCACAUGUCUGCGUGUAGCAGCUCGAAAUGGUCAGGCAGAUGUGACAGCCUACUUUCUUGAAGUCUGGGAUGGCUGGCAGGAUGAGACAGACCGCGCACUAGUCGACGCAGCAUCCGCUUGGUGCGACAAUACCGUGGGGGUGUUGCUAGCGAAGUCUUCAUUCGAGCCCAGGGUGAUUCAAGAUGCGCUUUGCAAGUCAGUUUCAAGAAGAAUGAUACUGGGCGAGAACCCAACGAAGCGACCCCCGGCCGUCGAGGACCACUUUUGUCAGCAACGACUCGUUUGUCGACUCAUCGAUGCCGGUGGGGAUGCUGAUGGGACAGAUUGCAAUCCCCAGCAGCCUCUCAUAAACAUCGCCGCCUCCUAUAAGGAUUCCAUCGGUGCUCUGAGAGCACUCCUUGAGAAAGGCGCAAACCCGAACCGUCCAGGUUCUCAAGGGAGGGAAUGUAUCGCCGCAAGCAUCACGCAUCAACGGAUGCUGUCCGAGUCCUUCUACAACAUGGGGCGCUGCCCGAUUUAG